AUGCCGGCGGCCAGGGAAGUACUCCAGAGGGUGGCCGAACUGUUGGGCGCCAUUGUCCUCAAGCUGCAGCCGCAGGUGCUCCUCCAGCGCAUGCAGGAGUUCGACAGUUCCGAGGUCAUGCAGCGCGUCGCCCUCGCGGCCAUCCACGCCAACGCCCAGCUGCGGCUACAACUCGCGGUGAACUACGCCGGCAACAACGUCGUCGCCGUUGUUAUCGGGAGCGUGCAGAUGUUGCUGCAGCGCUACGAGGGGCCCACGGUCGCUGCCGCUAGGGGCGGCGACCUGGAGGCCGCGCUGGCGUUGCUGCAGGGCGGCCAGCUGCCUCCAGACGGCUGGGACUACGUGCUCUACGGCCUGGAGGUGUGCCUGCACAUCCUGUCGCACUGGUCGGCCACCAAGAUAUCGCUGAAGACGAAGGCCGACGUCAUGGACUCGAGCGCCGCGCCCCUGGUGCUGGUGCAGUGCGGCCUGGUGGACGUGCUGGUGGAGAUCAUCGAUCCCGCCCCGGCGGGCUUUCAGCGCAAUCUUGACUCGGAGCGGGCUGGCAGCGGGGGCCGGGAGGGCGGUUGGGUCGACCUUUUCUCGAUGGAGCUUCCAGGAAGGGGGCUCGCGGCAGCGUCGGACGCCCGUGAGCGUGCGCGCGCGCAGCUGAACAGCCAGCCCCCGUCCGAAGUGGUGCAGAAGGCCACCGAGACGCUGCAGGCCCUCGCGAGCCCCUCGGAGAUGAGGCCGGGGAGGCGGUGUCCAGUGUGA